AAAGGGAGCCCCGGCGCGUUACGAUACUGGUGAAAGAUGGUGGAUCGCUUGGCAAACAGCGAAGCAAAUACCAGGCGAAUCAGCAUYGUGGAAAACUGCUUUGGAGCAGCCGGGCAGCCCUUGACGAUUCCCGGGCGCGUUCUCAUCGGAGAAGGGGUCUURACGAAGCUGUGUAGGAAGAAACCCAAAGCGAGGCAGUUCUUCCUGUUCAAUGACAUUCUUGUUUAUGGCAACAUUGUCAUCCAGAAGAAGAAAUACAACAAGCAGCACAUAAUUCCCCUGGAAAACGUCACCAUUGAUUCCAUCCAGGACGAGGGCGACCUGCGGAACGGGUGGCUCAUCAAGACGCCCACCAAGUCCUUCGCGGUCUACGCCGCCACCGCCACGGAGAAGUCCGAGUGGAUGAACCACAUCAACAAGUGCGUUUCCGACCUGCUCUCCAAAAGCGGGAAGACCCCUAGCAACGACCAUGCGGCCGUGUGGGUGCCGGACUCGGAGGCCGCCGUGUGCAUGCGCUGCCAGAAGGCCAAGUUCACGCCCGUCAACCGGCGCCACCACUGCCGCAAGUGCGGCUUCGUCGUGUGCGGGCCCUGCUCCGAGAAGCGGUUCCUGCUGCCCAGCCAGUCCUCCAAGCCCGUGCGCAUCUGUGACUUCUGCUUUGAGCUCCUGUCGAGCGGGGAGCUGGCCGCUUGCCCGCCCGCCCGCUCGGACUCCUACAGCCAGUGCCCUAAAUCCCCCUUGAAUGACGUGUCCGAUGACGAUGACGAAGACAGCAGCGAUUAAGGACCAAAAGGUGUUGGGUUUUUUUUUGCCCCGUGCGUUGCAGCUGGUGUUUCAAACCACACGGAGCUGCUUUUAGGGGGAGCCUAUAGUCAGCUUCCUCAGGAAAAAAAAAUAUCUGUUCUAGCCAUAAAAUACGCCUGAAUAUCUUCAGCUAUGAUGUGCCUCGAUCUACAAAUUCUCUAGACAGUAGAUUUUUCACUCCUCUGCAGGGAUAGACUGUUGCCAAUGUUAUCAGAUAAUUUUCCAGCUUCUUAUACUUGAGUUAUGUCUAGGUUACACGUUUGUGGAAGAUUGGAAAAUGUAUUUUCUUAAUUUAACAACCCAUGCUUCCUUUUGUUUCGUGUUGAUAUGUCACGUGGGUUUUUGGGAUACGGGAGGAAAAAUGUAAGCGUGUGAGAAACAGUCAUAUUUUUGUGAAUCCCAUAAGAUUAUAUAUAUAUAUUUUUGCUGACCACGCUACAUAGGGAUAAAUCGAAACUAACUACAAACCUAAAUGUCACARACCUUGGGAAUUGUUCUUGUUCUGCUCUUAUUUAUGACUUCCGACACCAAGCAGUGCCUUGUAGCAGUUGUGCUGAUUCAGGAGGAGCCAAGCCAAGAAUUGCAUCGAUGCUGGUACCCGAGAGCCCCUUGGUGCUAUUGGAAAKAACCGCUGUGUUCAGAACGGGAUGGUGGAGAGAUCUGAUCACUUGGUCACUGCAGUGGGCGACUGGGACCCUCUCUGUGYGUCCCCCUGUGGGUUCCUGUGGGGCUCUCUGCAGGAGCAGCGUGGGGAUCCCGCUGUGCAGGAGCCUGCCGUGGCUUUCCCGGGGAUACGGACACGCUUGCUUUACGGAAUAGCUUACACGUUUCACAUAACAAUUUGGCAAAUGCGUGCUGAAACUGCAGUAGGGCAGCGUAGCAUUUUGCUGCGCUAGCUUCUGGUUUUGGAAUUAUUUCCCAAAUGAAACACUAACGUUUUCYUUUGUUUUCUUGGGUUUUAUUUUUUUGGUCAGGAGUUUUUGUUGACUCGUUUAAAAAUGACCUCCGGUUCCGAACGAUCAGCCUGCACAUAAAUAUCCCUAUGGAAUUGGCUUUCCUUUUUACACAGCUGACCUCAGGAUAAAUGUGAGAUGCAAGUUACUUCAUUCAAAACAUAUACCCAGGACCAGGAAAGAUGCAUCCAAAGCCUAACAGCCAGYGCAGAAAAAGUCGAGUAGAGAAUUCGUUUUAGUUUUAAUAAGUAGCUGAAUACAGAAGUGCUGUGUUUCCUAGACACGUGAAGAGUUGUUAAAUCCACAAGUGCUGUGUGUCUGUAACGGUAGCAUUCAAUUUGGAAGGAGAAAAACCUCUUUGAAAUAACUGUAUGGAAAUAUAGUAGCAACUGACUUUAACUUCUUUUUUUUUAAAAAAAAAUAAACACUUGUAGAUCUUCAAGUGACAGUUUCUGCACUGUUUGCCUUGGCGCUAAUUGGGCUAAAUAUUUAUUGAAUAAACAAUCAAUGCUGCAUAUUGCACUAGUCUCCCAUUUUGUACACUGKCAGUCGUGUUUUUCUUAGGAAAAUAAAUAAAAUAAAAGCCAAGCACUUCAAAGUUAGGGCCUUUGGAGAGCUGUGUAGCGGCUGGAGCUGCCCUUGGCCUGGUGGUCUGCAGCACGUGGCCUCGGGUGAAGGUCGUGCUCAUYUGAUGGGCAAGGAAUCCCAAAUAUAAGUUCUUUUGUAAGCACUAAGGAGUGUUUGAUCUGCUUUGAAGCACACACAGAAAAGGGAGAGCGCUUGGAUGGAGACCAGGGACCAGGAAGAGCUUAAGAUUGUCAGAUAAUCCGUAAAUGGUUGAGUACUCGGAGCCGAGGUGACCUGUGCUCCUUUCUUGGGAGAUGAUGAGCUGCUGCUGGGGAAAAGAGGCUCUUCGGAGAGGCCAUUUCCAAGUAAAAGUGCUUACGUCUUGUGCCUUCGUUUCUCAAAAAAGCAGCUUUUCUAUUUCAGGAAUGGAGCCUGAMCACGUUAGUUUUUCUCCAUACUCAGAGUGCGAUCCUCCCGCGUGCGUACGUUCCAGUGCCCAGCAGCGAGGUCCUUCCUGAU